CAAAAUGCCAGUAUCCCCAAAGUCUCCCAUCUACCAAUUAAGUGAUCUUAGGUAUCUGCCUGCCUCCAUGCCAAAGUCAAAGCCACCGCUUCUUUCUUCCAUCAGUUGAAACUUGUUAGAAACAAAGCAUCUUUUCAGCCUUCUUUUUCAUGGAAUCCCUGGCUGGGCCUCCUUUAUCAGCUUUACCAAUCAGCAAGGAUCGCCCACUCUUCCCUUCGUUUCCUUCUUCAAAACUCCAUUUAACAACAUCAAGGAACACCCGUCAUCGCAUCAACUGCACCAGCAAGUUCGGCGACUUCCUCCACCUAGAACCAGAGUCCAAACCCGAGUGCUUAGAUUUCGACCUGUCUUGGUUUAACCCUUCCGAUCGGCCUCGCUUCGAUGUCAUCGUUAUCGGCACCGGUCCCGGUGGUCUCCGUCUCGCCGAGCAAGUGUCCCGCUUUGGAAUCAAGGUGUGUUGCAUCGACCCUUCACCGCUUUCUGCUUGGCCUAACAAUUAUGGAGUGUGGGUCGAUGAGUUUGAGGACAUAGGACUUGUGGAUUGUCUAGACAAGACAUGGCCUAUGACUUGUGUCUAUAUUGAUGAUCUUAAGACCAAGUAUUUAGACAGGCCUUAUGGCAGGGUCUCUAGGAAGAAACUCAAGACAAAGCUAUUGGAGAAUUGUGUGUCCAAUUCAGUUAAAUUUCAUAAGGCUAAGGUUUGGAAUGUGAAACAUGAGGAGUUCGAGUCUUCCAUCGAGUGUGACGAUGGCAGUGAGCUUAAGGCCAACUUAAUCGUCGAUGCUAGCGGUUUCACCAGCAGUUUCACAGAGUUUGAUAAGCCUAGGAACUGUGGGUAUCAGAUUGCUCAUGGCAUUUUAGCUGAGGUUGAUGAUCAUCCUUUUGACUUGGAUAAGAUGGUUCUCAUGGAUUGGAGAGACUCCCAUUUAGGAAAUGAACCCAAUUUACGAGCCAACAAUUCGAAAAUACCCACUUUUCUAUAUGCGAUGCCCUUCGAUUCGAACUUGGUGUAUUUGGAAGAGACUUCUCUGGUUAGUCGACCGGUGCUGUCGUAUUCGGAGAUCAAGAGAAGGAUGGUAGCAAGGCUAAGGCAUUUAGGGAUUAGAGUCAGGAGAGUGAUGGAAGAUGAGAAGUGCUUGAUCCCAAUGGGUGGCCCUCUUCCUAGAAUCCCUCAGAAUGUAUUGGCUAUAGGUGGGAUUUCAGGGGUAGUCCAUCCUUCGACCGGAUACAUGGUUGCUCGGACAAUGGCAUUAGCGCCGGUCGUGGCGGAGGCUAUCGCGGAAUGUCUUGGUUCGACGAGGAUGAUAAGAGGGAGCCCGCUUUACCACAAAGUAUGGAAUGGAUUGUGGCCUAUUGAGAGGAGACUUAGCAGAGAAUUUUGCCGGUUUGGCAUGGAAACGUUGCUGAAGCUCGACUUAGUGGGAACCAGGAAUUUCUUUGAAGCUUUCUUUGAUUUGGAUCCUUAUUACUGGCAUGGUUACCUGUCGUCAAGGCUGUCUAUUGUUGAACUUGCCUGUUUUAGCUUGUCUUUGUUCGGACAUGCAUCCAAUUCGUCCAGGUUUGAUAUUGUUUCAAAAUGCCCACUUCCUCUGGCUCGAAUGUUGGGAAAUCUAGCUCUUGAAAUUGUUUAGUGGUAAAAUUUGAACACCAUCUUUCUUGCUUUGUUUCUUUUAUUGUGUU